GAGUUUCGCUCUUGUUACCCAGGCUGGAGUGCAAUGGCCCGAUCUCGGCUCACCGCAACCUCCGCCUCCUGGGUUCAGGCAAUUCCCCUGCCUCAGCCUCGAGUAGCUGGGAUUACAGGCACACGCCACCAUGCCCAGCUAAUUUUUGUAUUUUUAGUAGAGACGGGGUUUCACCAUGGUGACCAGGAUGGUCCCAAUCUUGUGAUCCACCCGCCUCGGCCUCCCAAAGUGCUGGGAUUACAGGCGUGAGCCACCGUGCCUGGCUGGUUUGCUUAUUUCUCUCUAGGCACGGUUCUGCCCUUAGCAACCUAAGGCAAUUUCACAAAGCCCCACUCAAUGCACAGGAUGUAGAACAUGGCAGAAGCUUCCACUCUGGUUUGACUGACUUUUGCGGACUGAGCUGGAAAGCCAAAAGGACACAUUUCAGUGUGGACAUCCAAGUCUUAGUAGGUGUGGUGAGGGCUGGGAAGGCCUUGGAGAAGUAAGUAAGUGUCUUUGCAACUGUGUAGCUAUGGUUUUCUGAUUAGCAAAUCUGAGGACAGGGAGGUAUUGUGACCAGGGCUGUGUGAUUCUGGGCAAGCCUCUUUUGACCCUGCCCACAUGGAAGACUCUGCUUUGGAUACAAAAACAAGGCGGGAUACUGAUACAAUGGACUCUAACUUGUCCAUGGCUGCCUUUUGAACAAUUUAGUACAUUUGAGUAACCUCCGCAAGCCUGCAUCUCCAAGGCAAAGUUCCUGCUCUUCUGGGGAAUUUACUUGUGAAUUGUCUGUUUUGUGUCCCAUUUUGACUCCAGCAUUCCAGGACUCAUCUUUUUGGAAGCCUUGGUUUGGAAUUUCCCAUUGGAUGGGGCCACUUGGGUGCUGGGAAGCUUCAACCUGGCUUCUGUAAGAACAAAGCCUCAAGGGUGGUCUGCUAGGAGAAUGGAAAUGCCAUUGAUUAAAAUUGGAAGGUUAGGAGAGAGGCCUGAGUUUGGAAUAGGAGAUGAAGUUUUAAAAAAUCAGUUUUUAAAACAACCUUUCUCAUCUGAAAUGCCAGUGAAUAUUCAGACAGAUUACAUUGAAAAGACUGCCAUUUCUGUAGCAGCAACGAAUGAAGUCAUCUGAGUGGAUGAGGUGCACUAGGCCAUACAUGGAGAAAAGAACGGUUACCCAAGCCUCCCCUGACUGUGUGCGGCCACAGCCUCUUCACAUUUCCUAGUUAGGAAGGAUGCUGGGGUCUGCUGGGAUCUCCAUGUUUCUACCUGUACUUCAGAGGGCUGGAUUUCUGCCUUGUAGACAAGUCGCAGGAUUUGCUCUACUGAGAGAGUUUUUCUGCAGAAUGCAAGUUUCCUCUUUCAGACACUGAUAGCUGGUUUUGCUUCUAGAAUCAUUUUCAGCUACAUACAGAAAAAUGAAAUUGGCAGAGCUGACGGAAGUUUGGGUAUUAGGAACGUCCAGAAGGCAGGCUGAAAAGUUAACCCCUUCUCUUCACCCCUGUCCUCACUGCGGCCCCCUCAGUGGCCUGACUUCUGCCUGGGACCCAGAAUGUCACUUGAGGAUGGGACUACCCGCAGACCUCCAAGCGCUCCUACACAAACAGCAAACGGCGUCGGCCGACCGCAUCCGCUUUUCAGAUGAGAAUGGCAUCUGCAGGGACCCGCUGGUCCUGGGGCCAGGUCUCCGCAGGGUCUGUCCCGUCCUUCCUUCCCACUGGGACUCUACGGCCAGGCGGGGUCGGGAGAGCUGAUGCCGGAGGGCGCUGGGGGAGCCUGGCCCGCGCGGGGCCGGUCCGAGGGCGGAGGCAAUCCGCCGGCGACGCCGCAGGUCCCCGGGUGGCUGACGCCGUCCGGGGGCGUUCCUGGGAGCUGGGGGCCGGCGAGCCUGGACCCGACGCGCCCGGGAGGAGCUGGCUGGCGGACACGUGACCCACCACGGCGGGGCCAGCGGCCCAGAAAUAGCAGCGGCGGCGAUUCCACCCGUUGGCUGCGCGAGCGAGGGACCCAGGCGGGAGACGCCGGCGGGGCGCGGGCGCGGCGGCCCCGGAGGAUGCUGCUGAGCCCCGGCCUGGUCCGGCCGCGAGCACAUGAUGGCAAUACGGGAGCUCAAAGUGUGCCUUCUGGGGGACACUGGGGUUGGGAAAUCAAGCAUUGUGUGUCGAUUUGUCCAGGAUCACUUUGACCACAACAUCAGCCCUACUAUUGGGGCAUCUUUUAUGACCAAAACUGUACCUUGUGGAAAUGAACUUCACAAGUUCCUCAUCUGGGACACUGCUGGUCAGGAACGGUUUCAUUCGUUGGCUCCCAUGUACUAUCGAGGCUCGGCUGCUGCUGUUAUUGUGUAUGAUAUUACGAAGCAGGAUUCAUUUUAUACCUUGAAGAAAUGGGUCAAGGAGCUGAAAGAACAUGGUCCGGAAAACAUCGUAAUGGCCAUCGCCGGAAACAAGUGCGACCUCUCGGAUAUUAGGGAGGUUCCCCUGAAGGAUGCUAAGGAAUAUGCUGAAUCCAUAGGUGCCAUCGUGGUUGAGACAAGUGCAAAAAAUGCUAUUAAUAUUGAAGAGCUCUUUCAAGGAAUCAGCCGCCAGAUCCCACCCUUGGACCACCAUGAAAAUGGAAACAAUGGAGCAAUCAAACUUGUGAAGCAAACUACGCAAGCCAGCCGCCGGUGCUGUUGACCCAAGGGCCAUGGUCCAUGGUACUUGAAUAAGCCAGAGCCCACAUCCCUGUGCGCUGCCAAAUGACCCUACGCUCGGUGUCCUGGCACCUCACUUUGAGAAGAAUGAACACGCUGGCUUUGCAUCCUGGAAGACCUGCAGGGGGUGGGGCAGAAAAUGUCCCUGAAAAAGCAUUUUAGAAAACCCUGGAGAAACCCCCACACCACCACAAAAUGGUCUUUAGUGCAUGAAAUGCACAUGGAAGGGAUGUAGUUGCAUUUUUGCUAGAAAACCUUUAAAAAUUCUUGGAUGUAUACAAAAGUCUUACUGCCUUAUUAUGUGUAUGGGAUUCUAAAGUGGAGUUCCACUCGGAUUUCCUGUGCUGUCUAUCCAAAUUCCAGUAACUUCUUCAGUGUCAUUGCCUUUGUUGCCUAACCAACCUUCACUGAAAGGCAAAUUUAAUUCAGGAGGUUAGUUUUUAGCUAGCUUUGGAAGUAAGACUUUAUUUAUUACUUUUCUGAGGGAAAGGGAGAAGUGUCAAUGGACCAUCACUCAGACUGAGACUUGAGCUAUUAUAGAAGCCAGGAAAAGUGUACUAGAAACUGUUUUCUACACCUCUUUUAAUUGGUGAACAUUUUUCUAAGUUAUGGUCAUAUAUACUCAAACAAACCAAAUAAGACUAAAUUAUUGCAUAUAAUUUUGGGACUGGGAGGCCUAGUUUGAAAGAGCAAUUUAAGUAAUCACUAUGUAAGUGGCAAGAGAUGCAGGCUAUACACGUUAUUCAAGAGACCACCUGGCAUGCGUCUCUUCCGCAGGAGUACAUUUCCCCUCUCUUUGAGAAGUUUAAUGCACAUAAUAUUAUUUUACUAAGAGAAUAUCUCUUAGUGUCAUAUCUAAGGGAAGAGAAUUAACUGGAAUUAAGUUUAAUGUUUGAAUCUAAGUCAUAGGGCAAACUUCUAUUAAUAGCAAUUAAUAAUAGGUUAUAGGAAAGCCAGCCGGAGGAAGCAUCAGCAUCUUAAAAUUCUAGACCCCAAAAAACUACAAAAUCAGAGAAAGUAUUUUUAUGUUUCUAGCUUGGAGAGAAGGUUUUAGGGCUAACCAGAGGUCUGACCCUGGAAUGCCAAGGAACUGAGAAUGGGCUUUGAUGAAAACCUUCCUUUUCAGAUUCCCUGUCUGCUCAAUUAAUUAAAGAUAUUUGAAUCCAAAGGAAGUCAAGGAAUAAAAAGCUUGGCAAGGAAAAAAAGGGAUUCCUACUGAGAAUUCAAAUUCUAUUACCAUUCUAACUUUCAUAAAAUGUUGGGAUCAAGAAGCAGUUGAUUUCCUGCCAGAGCUGAUAUUAGGGGGUGAUUCUUAAAGGACAUUAGGAUUGGUGCUCAGAAAUGGUUAAUCAUGCUGUGUGCUAACCAGGGCCAGCUGGUACCUUCUUUGCUAUGAGCAUUCGAGGGACAGCUAACCCUUACUGACAGUCUAUAAUGUGAAAGUCAGGAAAGAGAUCGUGAGCUGAUUAGAUUAAAGAUGGCUCAUGCCUGUAAUCCCAGCACUUUGGAAGGCCCAUGCAGGCAGAUCAUGAGGACAGGGUUUGAGACCAGCCUGACCACCAUGGUAAAACCCCAUCUCUACUAAAAAUACAAAAAUUAGCUGUGUGGUGUUGGGCGCCUGUAGUCCCAGCUACUCAGGAGGCUAGGCAGGAGAAUUACUUGCACCCAGGAGGCAGAGGUUGCAGUGAGCCAAGAUCACGCCAUUGCACUCCAGCCUGGGCAACAGAGCAAUACUCCAUCUCAAAAAAAAAAAAGACCUGGCACUUCAGUAAUCAGCACACUUCUGCUUUACUCAAGAGAGUUCAUUGACAGUCUUAGGAUACAAAGGCUGGAAAACAUUUAUUUUGCUUCAAGAGUUACAUUUGGCUUUCCCAAACAGGUAGCUGAAAAAGUUAGCAAGUGGCAUUUGGAUGUCUUGACAGGGCCUUUGCAGGAAUUUUUAGGGUUUUUUCCACAUGUCCACGUUAAUGGCUGGCAUGAUGGUGCUUGCAGGCCAAGAAAUGAUCAUACCUCUUGCCAAAGGUAAAAAAAAUUGAGUUGAAAAUUAAAGUGACCUCUUUCCAGCUGACAUGCAGCCUUAAUUUGUAACUUUUCUUCAUCUAGUUUUCCCUGAGAACCUGGAUUUAUCUCUAGACAGCUGAUCAGAUUUUGAGCUGAGGGAUAAAUAUCCUAGCUGAGAGUUUUGUAGCUUUGGGCUGGGUUUGCAGUGGUUGUAUUUUGCAUAAAAUGUCUAGUCUUAGCCACACAUAGUGAGCUACCCACUAAUGAGCCCAUGGUUUUAUUUCGGAAGCACAUGAAGGUGUAAAACCACUGUUACCUUUCUGUAUUGCCUUAGCUAUUCAAACCAGUCAGAUGACUAUAUAUAUAUAUAUUCUGAUCACCACUCAGAGCAGUUGAAGAAAGUGGAUCACACUUGGGCACACCAGUAUUCACAUAAACAUUGAAUCUUCUCUGUGGAUGCUCAGGCCUUGUCUACAGUGAGGCAUUACAACCUUUCUUUGUUUUGGCUUGGGAUUACUUCCUUGCUGUCUAAUAAUUGAACCAUAACCACACAAUAUUAUGCAAAGGCCUGGAAAUUACUGUUGCUAAAAAAAAGUCAUGUAGUUUCAUGUAAUGUUUUCCAAAAUUUGUUCCUUCUCCCUUUUUUUCUUUCAUGUGUGGCAUGAGUGUGUGUCUGUGUAAAUAUGAUUGUGUAUGUGUUUUUCCAACAUGUAAUCCAUUUCACUGGCUGAGUUUGGCCACUAGCCAUACAUUAAUAUAAGGUAGGCAUGGUUUCUCAGAGGGCUGGUUUCCCAGUGGAAAUAUCUGAGAAUGGCAGUGGAGUUGUGCAAGCAUUUUACAUUGUCACAUAAUUGACUUGCCAUUUUAUGGUUUAAAAUGGCACAUUAGGCUGUUGAGUGUGACGUUACCUUGCAGACUAAAAGGUUGAAGACUUGAAACUAACUUUUAACCAACAAUAAGGGCUGUACCCCAAUGAAAACUGAGUUCAUUUUCUGAGAAAGGUUUGGAUGACUGAAAUAUUUCCUCUACAGUCAAGGACCUUGGCAUGAGAUGGCUGAAACUGAACUUUUUUGUGUAAGCUUCAGUUCUCACUGUUCUGCAAUGCUCAUGGCAAGUUGAAUGGUGAACUAGCUUAUAAACUAAAGGGUUCUGAGCUGUAUUCAGACCUAUUUGUCAUCUAGCUUACUGUCUUAACAUUGUUGAAACCAGACCCCGUAAUCCAAUGGCGCUGUUCUGUCGUGCAGACUGCUUCCUUUUCUCGUGUUUUUGCAAAGCGCUUCCGUCUGGGCUGGACCCAGUUCUUGCACAUACAAGACACCGCUACAAUCAGCUAGGACCUUUCCACCAGGUAUCCUAUUCUGUAGUAAAGCAUUUCCUUCAACAAUGCCCAAUUGUAUCUGUUAUUUUUGGUUUAACUCACACUGAUUCAUACUAAUAAAUAUUUUAAGUUUUA